AGUUAGUACGCUAUCAACAACCAGCUGCACAUGAAGCAACAAACAAUAAUAGGUCUGUUUGCUGAUAAAGGAGGAACUGCAUUUGCGUUAAUACAUUUUCGCGUAGUUAUUUCGUCACAAUGAACGAACAGUUUCGGUGUUUACUCUGCUCGGAUACUGACGGAUUCUGUCAACUGUGCCGCCAUGCCGGACACCCAAAGCAGCAGCUGGUCUCGGACGGACUUCUCAUGGCCAGUAUCGAGUCCACCGCGGACGAUUCUGGUUAUUCGGAAAUCAAGAUCUUCAAUUGUCCCUACUGUGAUCUACCUAAGCUAAGCGUUUCGGGUUUAUACGAUCACUUGACUCUACAGCAUUUGGACGUUACUUUUGAAGUGCGUUGUCCAAUUUGUGUUUGCUUCGACACUAAUCACAGUCUGAUAGAAAAUAUGCACCUCUCGAAACAUAUUGUGACGGAACAUUGCACCAGCUAUGAGCAAUACUCCCAAGCUGCGGAUGAGCUAAAAUUUAUUGCCUCAACACUUCCACCUACGUAUUAUGAUGCCGCUGCUAGUCGGACAACUCAACCAUCGCCACCUGGAAAAAGUUUUAAUCAACGAGUAAAGGAGGACUUGGACUGUCCCAUAUGUUGGGAGCUACUGUUGGAUUCCAACAGCCGCCAGUUGAGAUGUAAACACAAGUUCCACAGUGACUGUAUCCGCCAAUGGGUGGAUCAAAAUAAUAGCUGUCCUAUGUGUAGAAAGCCUGUCCAAUGACAACGAAUUCCAGUACACUUAAGCUGUAUAGUAACCUUUGUUUCUCGAAGAUAGAUCAAUUAUCGAGUUCUAAGUAUCUGCUCUUUUUUGCUAUGAAUAGUAUCUAUUCAGCUAGUGACAGUUAUUAGAUAACUGAUAAUAAACUAUCUAUCACAAUUGACUAUUUGUGAUAUAACUUAAUUAAAAAGUAAA